GAAUUUGUCAAGGCUGUAUAUUGUCACCCUGCUUAUUUAACUUACAUGCAGACUACAUCAUGAGAAACGCUGGGCUGGAGGAAGGGCAAGCAGGAAUCAAGAUUGCUGGGAGAAAUAUCAAUAACCUCAGAUAUGCAGAUGACACCACCCUUAUGGCAGAAAGUGAAGAACUCAAGAGCCUCUUGAAAGUGAAAGAGGAGAGUGAAAAAGUUGGCUUAAAGCUCAACAUUCAGAAAACUAAGUUCAUGGCAUCUGGUCCUAUCACUUCAUGGCAAAUAGAUGGGGAAACAGUGGAAACAGUGGCUGACUUUAUUUUGGGGGGCUCCAAAAUUACUGCAGAUGGUGCCUGCAGCCAUGAAAUUAAAAGACACUUACUCCUUGGAAGGAAAGUUAUGACCAACCUAGACAGCAUAUUAAAAAGAAGAAACGUUAUUUUGCCAACCAAGGUCCGUCUAGUCAAGGCUAUGGUUUUUCCAGUAGUCAUGUAUGGAUGUGAGAGUUGGACUAUAAAGAAAGCUGAGUGCCGAAGAAUUGAUGCUUUUGAACUGUGGUGAUGGAGAAGACUCUUGAGAGUCCCUUGGACUGCAAGGAGAUCCAACCAGUCCACCCUAAAGAUCAGUCCUGAGUGUUCAUUGGAAGGACUGAUGCUGAAGCUGAAACUCUAAUACUUGGGCCACCUCAAGCGAAGAGCUGACUCAUUUGAAAAGACCCUGAUGCUGGGAAAGGUUGAAGGCAGGAGGAGAAGGGGACGACAGAGAAUGAGAUGGUUGGAUGGCAUCAGUGACUCAACGGACAUGAGUUUGGGUAAACUCCGGGAGUUGGUGAUGGACAGGGAGGCCUGGUGUGCUGUGGUCCACGCGGUUGCAAAGAGUUGGACACGACUGAGCGGCUGAACUGAACUGAGGCCCAGAAAGGGGAAAAUUCUAGGCCAAGGUCACUCAUUAAAUCCAAAGUAGAGCCAGCCUUCCUAUGCAUGUUCAUUGGAAGGACUGAUGCUGAAGCUCUAAUACUUUGGCCACCUGAUGUGAAGAGCCAACUCAUUGGAAAAGACCCUGAUGCUGGGAAAGACUGAAGGCAGAAGGAGAAGGGGCGACAGAGGAUUGAUGGUUGGAUGGUGUCAUCGACUCAGUGGAUGUGAGUUUGAGCAAACUCCGGGAGAUGGUGAAGGACAUGGAAGCCUGGUGUGCUGCAGUUCGUGGGGUCACAGUCAGACAGCUGAGCAAACGAACAACAACAAAGAGCCAGCCUGGGACUCAGUUUCCUGACUCCUAGCCAAAGCCUUUGCCAGCAGUCACCAGCCCAGAGACAUGGCCUCCAAGGGAAAAGGGCUCUCUUCCCCUCAGAACUGCCUCCUCAAAGCAUGCACACCUUGGUAGGCCUGUCAAGUCAAAUCCAACUGCAGAGACAGCUGGGGAAGGGAAGGAAGCAGCCUCCCUCUAAACAAAGAACACAACCACCAAGCCUGCAAUUUGCACUGCAGAGGUUCGGCUUGCUUCCUGGACAUUUCUGAAACGACUUGCCUUUCUCCUCAUUUAUUUUAAGCCCUAGGCACUUUUCAUACCAUGAUUUAAUCUUCUUUUAACAGCCAGGAAAAAUACAAAUCAAUUAAAGCUGAAAAUCUAGUGGGUAAUCACUUUUUCCUUCCUCUUCCCCCAGAUCGAGAAGCGCCUGCACCCCCUGCCUUUCAUCCAGACUAAUUUGACUGCAGUGACUCUUGUUCAAGGGACAGUCGCUUUGGAUAGCUUAUUACAGCUCCCCGCACGACAUUCCUGGUGCGCAUGUCACAAAUCAAUAGGAUCAAGAACCAAGUCGGUUUUGCUCUCAGGGCCUCUUGGGGCCACCAGCCAAGGCUCCUCUGAGCCCCAGUGAGCAGGCAGAAUGAUGAAUGAGGUGAAAGAGUCCUUACGGAACGUGGAGCAGAAGUACAAGAUCUUCCAGCAGCAGCAGUUCACCUUCAUCGCGGCCCUGGAGCACUGCAGGGAGAACGCCCACGACAAGAUCCGGCCCAUCUCCAGCAUCGGGCAGGUGCAGAGCUACAUGGAGCACCACUGCAGCAACUCCACAGACCGGCGCAUCCUGCUCAUGUUCCUGGACAUCUGCUCAGAGCUCAGCAAGCUCUGCCAGCACUUCGAGGCCCUGCACGCUGGAACCCCGGUCACCAACAACCUCCUCGAGAAAUGCAAGACCCUCGUGAGCCAAAGCAAUGACCUGAGUAGCCUGCGAGCCAAAUACCCCCAUGACGUGGUGAACCACCUCAGCUGUGACGAGGCCCGGAACCACUACGGAGGUGUGGUCAGCCUCAUCCCCAUCAUCCUGGACCUGAUGAAAGAGUGGGUCGCCCACUCGGAGAAGCUGCCCCGCAAAGCGCUGCACCAAGUGAGUGAGCCCCAGGCAGCCACGCUGGCCACCGCGCACGCUCCCCAGGCCUCGGGCACCCAGCCCCAGCUACGGAAACAAAACUGUGGGCAACUGACACAGAACGUCCCCAAACCUGGGGGGAAAGACCAAGGAAGUUCAAAACCGCCCUGGAGACCACCCGGUGGGAAACUGUAACUCGGGGUUGGGGGGACCCACCCAACCCCAGCCCUGCCCCACCCCAUCGCGUUCCCUCCCGUCCCAUCCCGCAACUAAGCCUGGUUUCCACCAGUUGAUCCAUCUGUACCGGUGCUCACCAUCCUUGUCACUUACUGAUCCCCAGGGGGCUACCCCAUGACGGCCUCCAAACUCUUUCCCUCUAGCGCUCUAACCUCUCACUUUCCUUCGCCUCCGAGUGUCAGGCCCUGUGCCCAGGAGAAGCACCCCCACUUACAUUGCUGCUGGUGGGUUCAGGGGAGGGGGGUGGGCCCCCGGAAGGGCUGGGGGCCUGACCCUCCUGCCCAGGCCCAGCCACACAGAGCCGGAAGAGACCGCGUGGCUCCCUUCAGGCCUGAGGCUGCUCGGUGGGGUCAGGUCUCUGGACCAAAAGGGAACAAGCCGCCCAGCCUCUCCUUUCCUUGAGAGAGAGAUGGAGAGAAGCCGGAAGAACUGACAGUGUGGCUCCUGCAGGAGGACGGUCACCUGGUCCCCGCGACCUGCCUGCGGCCCGGGCGCUGGGCCUGUGGCGUUGGUGCCGAGCCUGCCAGAGGUGCUGUCUCACUGUUGGUUUUUCCCUUCGCAGGGGGCGACUUAGCUUCUGUAUUCUUGCUUCCUCGGGGGCGACAGUCAAGAAUAAAAACGUGU